CGUGUCCGGUGACGUCAAUGCUAGGGACGCUACAGCCUGGCUGACGCGACUACACGUCGAAGAUAUUCUGGAUCUGGUGUCAACCAGACUACUAGCAGUAUCCUACAGGAAGGAGACAAGUUACUUUAAUUCUAACCGUUUUCCUUCUUUUGCGGACGUUUUGGGUGAAAGCACUGGGGUGUUUUUUUUUUUUAAAGGGACUACCCUGAAAAAAGAGAAAACGUUUUUGUUUCGGGAACAUCAACGCGCCGUAACUGUGCUGUUAACUGCUGUACUUUGAUAUAAACUACAUAUACUGUUAUUUCCCUUUAUUUCUGAAUGUCUGUGUGUAGUCAAAGUCAUAACUUGGCGCAGGUGUAGUUGAAGGCUAUGUGGCGUGAUCAUGUAACAUUCCGAUAAGCAUUCCGUCUUUCCUGUCGGAAGCGUGGAGACUUGAGGAGAGAGGCGAGCCCCCGAACAUGAUCUCACGGAGCGGGAAUGCGAGGAGCCAUGAGCUGGUCGGGUUCCCACGGCGGGCUGAGCUGCUCUGGGUCCGGGAUUAACCUGCUCUACCUCUCGCUGCUGCUCUGGAGCUCCUGCACUGGCAUGGACGGACUGGCUGAUUUCUCAAGUGGUGUGGUGAUGACCUUCAGAGACCCCUGCUACCCUGGAACCAGGAAGUACCUGACUGUACUCUACUCCUGUGUACCACAGACGUUACUGCAGGAAGCAGACCCAGAUCUACUACUCACACCCGCCUCACACCCCAAAGGUCCUCCCCCAACUCACCCCGGUCCUCCCCCAGCUCCCCCCGGUCCUCCCCCAGCCCACCCUGGUCCUGCAGAUGUGGCUGUCUAUCCUAAGGGCUCCAGAGGACCAGGAAACACAGGAGUCAUGAUGAGUAACUCUGUUAUGACUUACUCCUAUAUUAAAGAGCACCCAGAGACUGCAGCGUUGCUGUUCACCUCCAGUGUGUGUGUUGGUCUGCUACUCACCCUGCUGGCUGUGUCUAUCAGACUGACCUGUAGAGGUCUCCGCCACACACACAAAACACACGCACACAAAACACACAGACGCAGGAGCCAGGAAGAGGAGGAGGAUGAUGAUGAAGAGGAGGAGAUGACUGACUGCUCGCUGCUGUCGGACUCAGACAGGCAGCUGGCUUACUGCUGGGAGGAAGUGAGCUACAGGACAGCGGAUGCAGAGAGGGUAGAACGCAUGGAGAGGAGGGACAUGGUGAUCCAGGAGAUAUGGAUGAACUCUGAUCUCUACGGGACGUCCUGAUCUGAACCAGACUCCUUAUUUACCACAGUUACACAGAUGGAGUAACAGGAUCAGACUCCUUAUUUACCACAGUUACACAGCUGGAGUAAUAGGAUCAGACUCAUUAUUUACCACAGUUACACAGCUGGAGUAACAGGAUCAGACUCCUUAUUUACCACAGUUACACAGCUGGAGUAACAGGAUCAGACUCCUUAUUUACCACUCAGUUACACAGCUGGAGUAAUAGGAUCAGACUCCUUAUUUACCACAGUUACACAGCUGGAGUAACAGGAUCAGACUCCUUAUUUACCACAGUUACACAGCUGGAGUAAUAGGAUCAGACUCCUUAUUUACCACAGUUACACAGCUGGAGUAACAGGAUCAGACUCCUUAUUUACCACAGUUACACAGCUGGAGUAAUAGGAUCAGACUCCUUAUUUACCACAGUUACACAGCUGGAGUAGGUUUUAAGUUUUAUUUAUUCACAGGUCAGAAAACAUGUUAAAGACAAAACAGUGUGCAGGUUGGAAAACCAAAAUGGCUGAUAUGAAAACCACACCUCAAAUAACAACAUACAAAUAUAAGUACAAAAAGUGUUUAGCCUGUUCAAACAGAGCAUACUAAUUAUAACUGCACAUUAUAUACUCUGUAUACAAGAACAAACAUGUUUAAUUAUGUGUGUGUGUGUGAGAGAGUGGCUACAGGGAGCAGAUUACUGCGUCGUCUGGUCCAUCAGACUGACCCCUGACCCCUGACCCCUAGUCUACACGUUGAAGUUAUUGAGGGAUGUUUUGGUAAUGUGAAGAUAGGAAUUACAGAGUAUGGAACUUCUGUAUCUGAUAGAGAAUUCUCUAUGGUUGUAUGCAUGGAUUUGGGAAUGAACCUGGGAGAAUACAGUGAAGGGUUUAGGGAAUGAACCUGGGAGAAUACAGUGAAGGGGUUAGGGAAUGAACCUGGAAGAAUACAGUGAAGGGUUUAGGGAAUGAACCUGGUAGAAUACAGUGAAGGGUUUAGGGAAUGAACCUGGGAGAAUACAGUGAAGGGUUUAGGGAAUGAACCUGGAAGAAUACAGUGAAGGGUUUAGGGAAUGAACCUGGUAGAAUACAGUGAAGGGUUUAGGGAAUGAACCUGGGAGAAUACAGUGAAGGGUUUAGGGAAUGAACCUGGAAGAAUACAGUGAAGGGUUUAGGGAAUGAACCUGGGAGAAUACAGUGAAGGGUUUAGGGAAUGAACCUGGGAGAAUACAGUGAAGGGUUUAGGGAAUGAACCUGGGAGAAUACAGUGAAGGGUUUAGGGAAUGAACCUGGAAGAAUACAGUGAAGGGUUUAGGGAAUGAACCUGGGAGAAUACAGUGAAGGGUUUAGGGAAUGAACCUGGAAGAAUACAGUGAAGGGUUUAGGGAAUGAACCUGGAAGAAUACAGUGAAGGGUUUUAGGUAGGUUGUCGGGGAGGUAUGUGUAUUUGUAGAUGAAGGUGAAUAAUUGGAGUAUAUUAAUGUUGAAAGAUAAUAUAUUGAGUUUCUUAAACGGAGGGUCAAAUGGAGCCAAGUAGUUAGAGGAGGUGGCUAGUCUGGCAAAUGUCUUUUUGUGUGAUGAGUAAGUUGUGUAGGUAGGAAAUUAAUAUGAUCUUUCCAGGACAACUUUUCAUCAACUAGUACACCGAGGAAUCUAGUAGAUUUCAUUCCAUUUUGAUAUUCUGGCUCUUUUUGUAUUUAUAUAUAUACACAUUUACAUAUGUUAAAUAUUUCUGAUUCUUACCUGUGAAUACAAUGUAGUGGGAUUUAUCAACAUUUAAAUAAAAUUUGUUUAUCUGGAA